CGGAAUCGGAGGCGGCGGUGGAGGAGGAGCGGCGGCGGAGAGACGCAGGGACCUGGAGCCACAUCGGGAUGAGAGCGCGGUAGAGACCCGGGUCGGAUGAGUCAGCGACCGGACCCUGCUAUCACCACAGCUCCCCCCCAAUCCCGAAUGAAUCCCGUCGGAUCCGAGCGGCGCAACAAGACAGAAACAAUCUAACAUUUUUUGUUGUUUGUAUUGUUGUUGUCUUCAUUCCGCCCUCCCCUGGCUCGCGUCUGCCAUAGCCUAGUUUUGAUUUUUUUAUUCCCACCAAGGUGGAGAGAAAAGGGGGGGCCCGGUGAGGCUGCGGAGGAGGUGGAGAGGGUUUAUUUCAUUUUCUUGUCCUCCACACAAACUCUUGAGGACUGAAUCCGGAGGGGCGAUAGGUGUUUUCUUUUUUUGUUUAGUUUAGUUUUUUUUCCCAGUCUUUUGUUGCGUUGGAGUGAAGGAAGAUGUCGGGGCAGAGCAUUACGGACAGGAUAACUGCAGCCCAGCACAGUGUAACGGGAUCCGCCGUGUCCAAAACAGUAUGCAAGGCCACCACGCACGAAAUCAUGGGCCCCAAAAAGAAACACCUGGACUAUUUGAUCCACUGCACCAACGAGAUGAACGUCAACAUCCCCCAGCUGGCCGACUCGCUGUUCGAGCGCACCACCAACACCAGCUGGGUGGUGGUGUUCAAGUCCCUCAUCACCACGCACCACCUCAUGGUCUACGGCAACGAGCGCUUCGUGCAGUACCUGGCUUCGAGGAAUACGCUCUUCAACCUCAGUAAUUUUUUGGACAAAAGUGGGUUACAAGGCUAUGACAUGUCCACCUUCAUCAGGAGGUAUAGUCGCUACCUGAACGAGAAGGCUGUGUCGUACCGACAGGUCGCCUUCGACUUCACUAAAGUGAAACGCGGAGUGGACGGCGUAAUGAGGACCAUGAACACAGAGAAGCUGCUGAAGACCAUCCCCAUCAUUCAGAACCAGAUGGACGCCCUCCUCGAUUUCAAUGUCAAUGCCAACGAGCUGACUAAUGGUGUCAUCAAUGCAGCCUUCAUGCUCCUCUUCAAAGACUCCAUCAGGCUCUUCGCUGCCUAUAAUGAAGGCAUCAUUAACCUGCUCGAGAAAUACUUUGACAUGAAGAAGACUCAGUGUAAAGAAGGGCUGGACAUCUAUAAGAAGUUUCUCACCCGAAUGACUCGGAUAUCGGAGUUCCUCAAAGUAGCAGAGCAGGUGGGAAUCGAUCGAGGCGAUAUCCCCGACCUUUCACAGUUGAAGGAAAAAACACUGGCUGUGGCUCCCAGUAGCCUUCUUGAAGCUUUGGAGCAGCAUUUGGCCUCUUUAGAGGGCAAAAAGGUCAAAGACUCGACUGCAGCCAGCAGGGCCAGCACUCUGUCCAACGCAGUGUCGUCACUGGCCAGCACGGGGAUGUCUUUCACCAAAGUGGAUGAGCGAGAGAAGCAGGCGGCCCUGGAGGAGGAGCAGGCUCGGCUCAAAGCUCUCAAGGAACAGAGGCUGAAGGAGCUCUCCAAGAGGCCGUCGUUCGCAACCACCGACACGUCACCAGUCUCCACCACCGGGGGCACCAUCAGCACAGCACCAGCCAUAGACCUCUUCUCCACGCCCAGCUGCUCCAACGGCGCGGUGAAGAUGGAGAGCGACCUGUUCGACCUGCAGUCCACCUUCCAGCCCUCCAUGCAGUCGGGCUCCUCGGGGCUCCCGGUGGCCACGGCCUGGGCAGAUCCUUUCACCUCUGCUGAAGCCGGGGAUGAAUCCAUGCCAAACCUUAACCCUUUCCUCUCAAAACUCGUUGUCGAUGCCACUCACUUACCUGUCGUGUCUUCAGACGGUGUUAACUUUUCCUCUAGGACAUCUGCUCAUGAAAUGUUUGGUGAUCGUUACAAUCCCUUUAUUGACACAAACUCAUCAGUUUCAACCAAUUACAAACGCACAGUGCGGAUAGAGCACUCCAUCUCAGACUCCUUCUGUGGUCCGGCUGCCCAGCACCUCCCACACCAGGCUCCCUUCCCCACUGAGCCCUCUACUGUAGCAGGUCUAUUCAGAGGAUACUCGACGCCACAGCCUCCUCCACAGCCGCCGGCAGGAGGGCUCCAGGUGGACUUUGAGUCGGUUUUCGGAGCCAAAGCAACAGGCAGCAGCAGCCUGAAUUCAGACGAUAUCACCGGCAGCAUCCUGAAGCCGACGCUGGCCGGCUCCGGCCUGCCGUCCAAUCAGCAGCCGGAGAAGCUGGUGUCGGACGACCUCGACUCCUCCCUGGCCAACCUCGUCGGCAACCUCGGCAUCGGGAACGGCACCAUGAAAAAUGACAUCCACUGGAGCCAGCCGGGGGAGAAGAGGAUGACCGGCGGCACCAACUGGCAGCCCAAGGCGGCACCCACCACGACCUGGAACCCCGUUUCCAUGCCUCCGUCAAUCAUGGCCUUCCCUGCCACCACGCCCACAGGCAUGAUGGGAUACGGCAUGCCUCCACAGAUGGGCUCCAUGGGGAUGAUGAACCCUCCCACCAUGAUGUACAGCCAGCCCGUCAUGAGGCCCCCCAACCCCUUUGGCUCGGUGUCCAGCGCUCAGCCCUCUGCAGCCUCUAGUCCUUCCAGCCAGAGUCCUCUCCGAGCCCCUGGACAGGACCCGUUUGCACACCUCUCUCUCAAGGAUUUCUUGUAGAGCAUCUCUUUAGAUGCAGUUCAUGUAAUUUGACGGGAAGUGUCUCUCGGAAGACGAAGCACUCGAGCAGCGGUCUAACUCUUCAGAGAAACAUUCACAACCCCACCCACCCCACCCCCCACCUCCCCCCCUUCUAUAAAUGCAGACGUGUGGAGAACGGUGCGGCCGCCGCGCCCGUCCCGGACAGCGGCGGCCGCUUGGCGAAAGCUCACACUCCACCUCUUUGUAACCUGUCCGAGACGCCGCUGCUGUCUGACCCCUCCCCUCAGAGGACUCCCUGUCCGUCUUGCAGCGCGAUCUGUAAAGAUAGUCUCGGCUGCUGAGAAACGUUAACGUUAUGUAUUUUGGAGAUGCUGCUGCGGUCGGAUGUCACGGCCGGAUGUUCAGGGCGGAGGGGGCGGAGCCACCAGGAGAGCGGUCCUUCCCCUUUCUCCAUCCGAUCACCGGUCAUCCAUUCCCCGCAGUUAUUUAACUGUCACUAAGUAGUGAUGCUAAUGACGUUUACACCUAUUUAGUUUUUGUCUUUUUUACCGUGUUUACAAUAGACAUUCCUUGUGUGUUGUUUGUAUUUAUUUAUGAUUAUUGGUUUAAGACCGGGGGCGGGGUUAAAAAAAAAAUAGUAAUGUAAAAUCUGCAGUACGUUGAACACGUGUGGGAGUGCUUCAGCAUUAAAAACAAGGAUCUCCGACUAUCAUUAAGAGGUAGAG